CUUGGCGCGGUCAAUGAACAAUGUCUAUUGUUAUUCCGCUGCCGAGCAGUCCAGGAAAUGAUACACUAAAUUAUAUAUCAAUCUUACCACUAUUGUAUUGUCGGUGACAAGCUUACGCAGGGGCUGCAUUUUAGGGCAAGACCGGAUGCGGGGCAGCCACGGCCUAGUCAAGGCUCUUCGCUUCGACAUUCGAUACUCUAAAAAGUCCGAACAGACGAUGUAACCGUGCAAUUCAAGAUAAUCUGCCGGUUGAUCCGGAUACUGCACGGGUGGUGACUGCAUGCCAUAAGCAUGGGUAAACUCCAGACUUCCGCCGUGGUCCCGCCCAUCCAUGUCUGACAGGGAGAACUCAUCUCGACUAUAAAUAUGGCCAUGAGGUGCGCUUACUGAGUGACAACCAGGCAGCUUCAACCCUUCUUCGGUACUCAUCCUCAUUGAAAAUGUUGUCCUCUGGGCUCCUGCCAUUCCUCGCGAUCCUGGGCCUAACCGAUGCGGCUGCCAUUGGAAAGCGAUUCACAAACGGCGACUUCGCCACUGGCGAAUCCGACCCCAAUGUGACCAGUGCCUGUACAUACUGGGCAAAUUCCAUCAAGUCCACCGACACGUGUGCGGCCCUGGAGAACUAUUACGGGAUUACCGUCGCGCAGUUGGCCUCAUGGAAUCCGUCACUAUCCACCACGGCCUGUACGUUAAUUGAGGGAUGGAGCUACUGCGUCGAGGCACCUCCAGGCGCUGGAACUGCUCUCACCACUACCACCACCAGCACCAGCACCACUACCACCAGCAAGACCAGUACCAGCACCACAUCCGCCACGACAACGGCGACAACUAGCUCCCCCGGAAAGCCGUCUCCAACGCAGGCGGGCCUAGCGGCUAACUGUGAUGCCUUCUACUAUGUGCAAAAGGAUGACUCAUGUUGGGCAAUCUCGAACUCCUAUGGCAAUUUCACCCUGGAUCAGUUCUACGACUGGAACCCGGCAGUGAAGACGGACUGCUCCGGCCUGCAACCUGGCUAUUAUGUCUGUGUGGGCGUGGCUGGCGCCGGCACUCCUGCCACUACGACGACAUCCAUCGCCGCCACUACCACUACCGCAUCGUCGACAACGUCAACAGGCUCUUAUCAGCCCCAGCAGACAGGUAUCGCGUCUAAUUGUGCAAGUUACUACUUCGUUGAAUCCGGAGACACCUGCGCCAAGAUCGCCACGGCCAAGGGGAUCAGCCUCAGCGACUUCUACGCCUGGAACCCAGCGGUAGGCUCGGCCUGCAGUACCCUGAAAGCAGGUUAUUGGGUGUGUGUCGGUAUCAAAAAAACGCCAACCACCACCACAACCACCGCCGGGGCAGCCCCCUCGACAACAGCCUCCGGUCCUUCACCCACCCAAUCCGGGCUCGUUUCCGACUGCACCACCUACUACCAAGCCCAAUCCGGUGACUCGUGCUGGUCCAUCACCCAGAAGUACAGCUACCUGAGUACCGCGCUGUUCGAGCAGUGGAACCCGGCCGUUGGCACCAGCUGCAGCAACCUGCAGGUCGGCUUCUACUACUGCGUGGCCACCAAGAACCAGGCCCCCAUGCCGAACACGAUCGGGACGUGCAGCAAGUGGCACCUCGUGGCCAGCGGCGACAGCUGUUGGGCCAUCGAGCAGGAGUAUUCCAUCACCGCUGCCCAGUUUGGCAAGUGGAAUCCGUCCGUGGGCGCGAGCUGCUCGACCUUGUGGCUGGGGUAUUGGGUUUGUGUUGGGGUAUAGUUUCCUUACUUCAAGCUAAUGAGUUGGCGACUAAAGACUGCGCGAUCUCUACCUUCUUCUUCGUUCCUGUCUUGAGGGCUUUACGCCCUUGGUCUGUGUGAUAAGUUAGGAUGGUGGGGUUGAUCGACAUUGUUUUAAAGGGGGGUGGUUGACAACGAGUCGGA